AUGAUGAUGCAGACACAGAGAACAGAAGCACUGCAUGUCACAGCCCUGACUCUGAAGGGCCGCAGGAGGCUGGAACGGCUUUGCUUUGGAGAGAUAGGAGUGACCUGUGACCCCAGCGAGCAGUCAGCGCCUGUGUUGACCUGUGACCGCAGAGAGUGGUCAGUGCCUCUGGUGUCCUGUGACCCCAGCGAGCGGUCAGCGCCUGCAGUGACCUGUGACCCCAGCGAGCGGUCAGCGCCUGCAGUGACCUGUGACCCCAGCGAGCGGUCAGCGCCUGCAGUGACCUGUGACCCCAGCGAGCGGUCAGCGCCUGCGGUGACCUGUGACCGCAGAGAGUGGUCAGUGCCUCUGGUGUCCUGUGACCCCAGCGAGCGGUCAGCGCCUGCGGUGACCUGUGACCCCAGCGAGCGGUCAGCGCCUGUGUUGACCUGUGACCGCAGAGAGUGGUCAGUGCCUCUGGUGUCCUGUGACCCCAGCGAGCGGUCAGCGCCUGCGGUGACCUGUGACCCCAGCGAGCGUUCAGCGCCUGCGGUGUCCUGUGACCCCAGCGAGCGGUCAGCGCCUGCGGUGUCCUGUGACCCCAGCGAGCGGUCAGCGCCUCUGGUGUCCUGUGACCCCAGCGAGCGGUCAGCGCCUGCGGUGACCUGUGACCCCAGCAAGCGGUCAGUGCCUCUGGUGUCCUGUGACCCCAGCGAGCAGUCAGCGCCUGCGGUGACCUGUGACCCCAGCAAGCGGUCAGCGCCUGCGGUGACCUGUGACCCCAGCGAGCGGUCCGCGCCUUCGGUGACCUGUGACCCCAGCAAGCGGUCAGCGCCUGCGGUGACCUGUGACCCCAGCGAGCGGUCGGUGCCUCUGGUGACCUCCUGCCAGGCGGAGCUGAAACGCUGGGUGACCGAGUGGACGUCGCGGAUUGACCAGCACAAGGUGCCGUGGGGGAGGAGGAAGUCCAGGAGGGCAGUCCGACUGGAGGACCGCUACACCGAGCUGAUCGUGGUGACCACCCACCGGCUGGGCGGCAGCCGCUACAACGAGAUGGUGGACGCGGCCAACAUCCACGAGAGCCUCUCCUCCCAGCCGUCCGGCGGGCCCGGCUCUUCCAGGCCCCUGCGGGCCGAGCACCUCUUCCGGCGGAGCUACUCCGGCCCCCGGCUGGGCCCGGCCCCCCUGGUGGUGGCGGUGUCCGGGGUCCCCGGCAUCGGCAAGACCACCAUGGUGCAGAAGCUGCUCCACGACUGGGCCGCCGGCAAGGUCUGCCGCCAGUUCUCCUUCGUCUUCCACUACCAGUUCCGCGAGCUGAACCUGCUGGGAGGGGAGCGCAGUCUGGUGGGCCUCAUCGUCGGCCGGCACCCCUUCCUGGAGUCCUCGGUGCACCGGAUCCUCCGGCAGCCGGAGGAGGUCCUCUUCAUCCUGGACGGGCUGGACGAGAGCCGGGAGGAGCUGGACUUUGCCUCUCGGUGCUGCCACCCCGAGGGGAUGCACCCCGUCCCUGCUCUGGUGGCUGGGCUGGUCAGCCAACAGCUGCUGAGGGGCUGCUCGGUGCUGGUGACCAGCCGGCCCGGCUCUCUCAAGACCCUGGAACCCGCCGGCCUCCAGGCCCACGCCGAGGUCCUGGGCUUUCUCGGCCCGCAGCGGCGCCGCUACUUCGAGAAGUUCUACGGCCAGCGGGCAGAAGGCCCGAGGGUCUACCGGCACGUCAGGGGUCAUGGGGUCCUCUACACCCUCUGUUUCAACCCCUCCUACUGCUGGAUCCUCUGCUCGGCCCUGGAGGGUCAGUUUACCCGCAGAAGGGGCGGGGCAGAGUGUCGGCCCCCUCCCCGGACCGUCACCCAGCUCUUCGGCCUCUUCCUGGCCAACCUGCUGACCAACCACGCCCGCCACACCCCCCACCUGAAGCGAGCCGUCCUCAGGGUUGGCCGCUUGGCCUACGCCGGGGUCAAGGGUCGGCGGCUGGUCUUCUACCAGCCGGAGCUGAGGGAGCACGGCCUGGGCUCCUCCCCCUUCCUCUCGGGCUUCCUGACCGAGUUCCUGGAGCGGGACGCCGCCUCGGCCCAGGCGGCCUUCAGCUUCCUCCACCUGACCGUCCAGGAGUUCCUGGCCGCCCUCCGCUUCUUCCUGGGCGGUAGGCCGGAGGAGCUGAGCUGGGCCCUGGGGGAGGCUGCGGCCUGCCCCGACGGGCGCUACGAGGUCUUCUCCCGCUUCCUGGCCGGACUGGCCAAUCCGGCCAACACCCACGCCCUGGACGGACCCCUGGGAGGCCUGUCGCGCAGGCCUUGCUCGCUGGUGCUGGACUGGCUGCUGGAGGGGACCCGGGCCUCGGCGGAGACGGGGGACAAGAGGGCCCUGCUCCAGGCCCUCCACCGGCUCUUCGAGGCCCAGCACAGGGGCCUGGUCCAGCGCUCGCUGGGCCGCGGCGCCCGCCUCGACCUCGCCGCCCAGCGCCUCAACCCUGUCGACUGCUCAGCCCUGGCCUACGCCCUCGGGUGCCUGGAUCGGGCCCAAUGCCUGGACGUCAGCUCCUCCAUCGCCCAGCCGGAAGGGCUCGACCGGCUCCUCCCCCACCUCCGCAAGUGCAAGGAGAUCAGGCUCGAUAACAAUAACCUGGGAGAUGUGGGAAUGCAGAAACUCUGUGCGGAACUGAGGAUACCAGGAGGGAUAUUCACAACCCUUCAGGUAAUCCGAGGAGGAUUCAAUGGACAGAGAUCGGAAGUGGGCACCCAGGCUGGCUUCCCUAAUGCCAGGGAAUUGCAACGUGUAAGCUUGUGCCCCCUGUGCUACCACCUGUCUGACUGUGGGCCCAUCUGGAUCAGUUCCACACUGAUUAAUAAUCCACUGAGCCUUCAGGCAGCUCCCAUACAGGUACAGGCCUCAUUCUUUGGCUCAGAACUCAAAUGUGGAGGUUCAUGA